UUUUAAUGUUAAUUUCUAAAAAAAUGUGUUUCCUGUGAUAUUUUCGUGUAGGGUGUCGUGCCAAAUUUGGAUUAGUUUGAAGGAGUGGUGUUUUGUUUCGCGACUGUUUUACAAAAUCACCCAGUUUUAAACUUCAGACCCCAGUCUUCCCCACUCAAGAGCGUUUCUUCAACUCGGAGACUAAAUGCAACUGGACCAGGGGGCUUGUGGGCAUGAAGUGGCUGGGCGAAUCCAAGAACAUGGUAUUAAAUGGCAGACGACACAGAAACAAGUUGACCGGCGAGCAACCUGUGAGCCAGAGCCAGACUCGCUCUCAACAUUCACAGCGGGCAUCCCUGCACCACAACAAAACCCACCCCAGAAACCGAAGAUGUAGCCGCAGGUUUAAUGCAGCCAAUCUGGAGGCAGAGAGGCGCUAUGUGCCCUCCUCAGGAAUGACUGCAAAAGAGUUGUGUGAGAAUGAUGAUCUGACCACAAGCCUCAUCCUGGAUCCAUAUCUGGGAUUUCAAACUCACAAAAUGAACACCAGAUUUCGACCAAUUAAGGGAAGACAAGAGGAGCUGAAAGAGAUCAUUGAGCGCUUCAAGAAACAUGACAAUUUGGAGAAAGCUUUCAGAGCUUUGACAUCAGGAGAUUGGUCCCGAAAUCUUUUUCUCCACAAGACGAAAGCUCAAGAAAAGCUCUUCAAGCAACAUGUAUUUGUGUAUCUGCGGAUGUUUGCCACGGACAGCGGGUUUGAGAUUCUCCCUUGUAAUCGCUAUUCAUCAGAGCAAAAUGGAGCUAAAAUUGUGGCAACAAAGGAAUGGAAAAGAAAUGACAAGAUCGAGUACCUGGUGGGAUGCAUUGCUGAGCUUUCAGAGAGUGAGGAGAACUUGCUGCUCCGGCACGGGGAGAACGACUUCAGUGUCAUGUAUUCAACCCGCAAGAACUGUGCACAGCUCUGGUUGGGGCCAGCUGCCUUCAUCAAUCAUGAUUGUCGACCAAACUGCAAGUUUGUAUCGACAGGACGGGACACAGCCUGUGUGAAGGUUUUGAGAGACAUUGAACCAGGAGAGGAAAUCUCGUGUUACUAUGGCGAUGGGUUUUUUGGGGAAAACAAUGAAUUUUGUGAAUGCUAUACAUGUGAACGACGGGGUACUGGUGCUUUCAAAUCCAAAGCUGGACUGCCAGUGGAAGUGCCGGUGAUCAACAGCAAGUACGGGUUGCGGGAGACGGACAAGCGUCUGAACAGACUGAAGAAGCUGGGGGAAGGAAACAGGAGUUCAGACAGUCACUCUGUUGGCUCCCACACCGAUAUAGACUCUCAGGAAAUGCCAAAAACACAUCAAUCUGCCAGAAAAAGAACAUCCUCAUCAUCUGGCCUGAAGUAUAAAAACAGGACUCAAACCAGACAGACUUUGUCAAGAGCCCUUACUACCUCAUGUUCAAAACAAGGUCGUGUAAACAAUAACAGGGUACCAAAGAGACUAAAAUCCCAAUCCAAGCCUUCACUAAGUAAAGUCCAGUUGCGGUGUCGCAGGAGGGGUGCAGAGCCCAAGGCGUUGGCCAAAGGAGAGACUUGCCAGCUGGGUCUCAGGGACUCAAAGGUGUCGCUGUGUAAAGGUGUCACCGUCAAAAAGGAGAUGAAUGGACAGGAGCUGGUGCAGCAGACACUAGGCCAGCGGGGCUGCCUCACCCGUCAUGCUGCCAAGGAAAAUGGCAAUCUACCAGUUGUGCAAAACAGUGAGGGUCGUCAGUGUUCCACGUACAGAACUCGCAGGUCCACAAGGACCCUUGGGAAAGCCCAGGAAACGGCAGCUGGCGUUAAGCUGGAGCCUAGUGCUAUGGACGGAUUGAGCCCAGUCCCUGGUGGAGUGGUCAUUAAAACAGAGCCAGCUGACAUGGAGGAGUAUCUCUGCCAAGGAGUGGGACUGGAGCAGCCGGCAUUAGACACUGGCUAUGCUAGAAGAGGCUCCUGCACCAGGCGGAAACGGCCGACACGGCUCAGGACCGAGCGGACAAUUAAAUGUGAGGACUCAUAUGGUGAGCCGUUCAUGCCGGUGGCUGCUGGCCACACCGCUAACUUCUCAGACUGUGGCAGCGUGCUGUUGAGCUUCGCUGACCGACACAGGGACUACAACGGGGUUGCCAAUGGCAGCAAAUCCAUCCGCAGGGACAAGAGUAAGAGUGGCUGCCGAUCGCAGGAUAAGGGGAAAAAGAAACGUCAGAUCACACGAUAUGAUGCCCAGCUGAUCCUGGAGAACAACACAGGCAUCCCCAAACUGACGCUCCGCCGGCGGAGGGACAGCAGUAGUAGCAAGACCAAUGACCCCAACGAUCCCAUUGGCUCCUCCAACCUUUCUGCCUCUUCGGUCAACUCGGCCUCUUCCAGCAAAAUCAGCAUCAAGUUCAGCAAGGACCACGAUAAGGACAAAGGCAGCUCAUAUAUAGCUAAACUGAAUAAUGGCUUUGCCCCUGUGGUCCACAACUCUACCAAGCUGAAGAUCCAGCUGAAAAGAGAGGACGAUGCACGGAGAAUACCCCAGACAAAAGCAGAACAGAUGUCCUAUAAUGGGGACAUGGGUCAGAGUCUGGAGGCCAGGAAUGGUGGACAUCGGACCCAAAAGGUCCUGCCGGACCCUUCAUCUGAAGAGGACAAUGAUGAGGAAGGGGAGGACGACGAUGAUGACUACUUCGACAAUGAGUUCGAAGACGAUUUCAUUCCACUUCCUCCAGCAAAGCGGCUCCGACUCAUUGUGGGUAAAGACUCCAUAGACAUCGAUAUCUCCUCCAGGAGGAGAGAGGAUCAGUCUCUGAGGCUCAAUGCAUAAGCUGUGGAGCUCAUCACUUCCACCUUUCCCUGUAUAUAAAGAUGACUCGCUAAUCAACUGUCGUGUUGAUGUAAAAGAAGUACAGUAAUUUAAAAACAAAAAAAAAUUGCUGAAAAAUUAAAAAUCUGAAUGAACGUUACUAGAGGGUGCUGUUAAACCUAAAACAAAUCUCUGUUAUUCACUUCAGUUGUAUUCAUCAAUAAAUGUAAUUUUAGUUCUUAUUAAGACAAAUUACAUUGAUCAAGCAAAAGGUCACUCAUCCAGUUCACAUCCUCUGGCAUUUUAACUGCGUCAUCUUAAUGUUUCUGAAUCAUUUUGCCUGGUCUUAAGUGAAAAACGAGAAUUUGUUUUAAGUUCAACUCUUCCUUUUAGUGAAUGCACUUGUUAUAUUCAUAAUGGACAUGGAUAUUGUAGAAAGUGUACAGUAUGGUGACUAUCCCCUCUGUCUCAUAGGCAGGUUUUUAUUGAACUUUGAUUUUUGUCUCAUAGUUUGUAAUUUUUGUGUGGCAAACCAUGCUGAACAUGCAGUAUGGUGUGGUUAGUCCAGAGGCAUUAUAAGAUCAGUCAGUCAGUUCAUUUGGAUCCAGGUGCCAUGUUCUCAUUAUCCCAGUAGUUUUCCUGGUCGAGGAACCACUUGAAUUUCAGUAAUUCAUUAAUUAUCAGCGCAAGUUAAUCAUGUGUCUCUCUGUAGAAUUCAAUCAUAUCAUGUAAAACAUUUGUGUGAUGCUCCUGUGAAUAAUGACAGAGUUGUUCUAGCAGAAAUUACACUUUUUUAUAUUAUGCACCAAAACCAAGUUAAUGUGUUGCAGGCCACUGACAAAAUUGCACAUUAAAGAGGAAAAACAGGAUGAAUUGUGAACAGUAACAAUAUGCAUGUGGAACUAGAGUGUGUAUUCAGUUUGACUGCAGUUGUCACACAUUCAUAACAUGAAAGAACGCUCAGUUGUAAUGUCUUUGCACAAUUAUUUUCCAGUAUCGACUCCCAGCAGUUCGUUCAAGAGCGCUGUAAAUAAAGUCAUGAAGCUGCAGAAUUCCAAGAAAUGAAAGCACACAAGGUUUUAUAAUGGACCAGUGUCUGUCUUUGUUUUUGGGGGGCUACUGUAUAAUGACAACAUGGCACACAUGGUAGUUUCAACCCUUUUAAGCAAUUGAGAACAUAAACCAAAUCCACAUAUAAAGGCUACCUAUAUGCUUUUUAAAUCUCUCAAAGUAAUGUACAGAAAGACUGGCUUAUGUCCCCCCCAGCUGAAAUAUGAAAUUUAUUUCCUCUCCAGUUAAGACUCACUUCUAUUUACCUGAAUCUGAUUUUUGAAAGCAAGUUAACUAGAGCUACAACGAUUGGUCGAUUGACAGAAAAAAUUUGAUAAUCUUUCCAAAUAAUUUUUUUUUUUUAAAGAAAGUAUGUCAAAAUUCUCUGGUUUGAACUUCUCACGUAAAUAAUUUCUGUUUCUUCUGUGGCAGUAAACUCGGUAUGUUUUUGUUUAUGACUGUUUACCUGACAAAACGGCAUUUGAAGAUGCCACCUUGGGUUUUGGGAAAUUGUGGUUGGCAUUUUACAUAAUUUUCUGACAUUACACUGACCAAAUGACUAAUUGGUUAAUCAAUAAGAAAAAGUAAUUGCUAGUUGCAGCGCUAAAGUUAGCAGAUGUCCAUCAACACUAGAGUUUUGAGGAAGAAAAUCACAUCGUCUGAAAUGUUCUUACUAGCAUAGAAUCAUGUAUUCUUUUCUCUGUGGUGCUACUUUUUAUUUCCAUACUCUCUGUUUGAAUUUCUGUCCUGUGUAACUCUGUAUUGGUAGUUGGUGGCAGCAUUAACUUUAAAAGGCCCAAAUUCUGUAGAGAUACAUCUUUUACACCAGUAAUACACAUUUUUAUCAGUUUUAUCUGUAGCCUGUUUAAAUGCAUCUUUUUUUUCUUCACAGGAGCGCGUAUACUUUCAGUUGUUUAGUUUGCAAAAUAGGGAAAAAGAAAAAUAACUCUAUCCAACAGCAUUAGGUGCCUUAACAAAGAGCUUUUUUGACACAUUUAGACCAAAUUUGUAACGCAACUAAUCAAUGAGGAAUGAAAAUGCUAAGCCAUCUGCUUCCCCCCUGAAAUACUCACACAAUUCAACACAAGUCCACCGUCAGUCCUUCUGUAUAUUAUUUUAUGUUUGUUGUGUGGAAGUUAAUGAACUGCCCAACAGACAAAGGGAUCAACAGAGAUUGAAUGUUAACCCACUUUUCCUGUGUUAAUAUGUACUGUUCAUAUCACCAGCAGCUACUCACCGUUCUGAACCUGGCUCAGUCUGUCCUUCCCCUUUGUCGGACGUCUCCAUCCUACACUGUAAACUGUUCCAGGUGUACCGUCUGUGUGGUCUUUGUCCAAUAGACAGCUGUCAAGAUUUCCAAUUGAUUCAAAAAGUUAAAAAGAAAAAAAAAAAA